AUGCAUCUCUCGUUGACCGCCCUUUUUCUAUUCCUUAGCGCUGCUGUUUCCGCUUCCCCGACCCCAUUGUCGUCCGACUUGGAAGACAUCGCCAAGCGCGUUCCGUACAAUACGUGCAAGCUCGACAUCACGGAGAUUAGAACCUGCGAACCGCAGGACCGAAACCUCUACACGCGCUUCCGACUCGAAGGUCCCAACCAAGUCCUCUGGCACGAGACGCCCCAGCUAUCAGCUCCAGGCCUAUCGAUCAACCCCUCACAGCCCCUCGAGCUCAAGGAGGCAGGCAUGGAGUACAUCCUGAAAAUCACUGGUCGCCACGACAAGGACGACGUUGAGUUCAGAUACGGCCUUCUCACCUGGACGACGGACUCGACGUCGGGGUUCGCCAAGUGCAGAGGUGUGACGGCUGAUGACUGGAACAAGGGGGGCAGCCACUGCCGAACUGAUUCGAGGCAGUUCCAGUGCGAAUUCGCCUGCUAA